AUGUGGAGGGGAUCUGCGAGAGUUCUCCAGAAAAAUAUUCGCAGGAAUUUGGUCUCCAGAGCCGUCAAGGGCGGCCUAACGGCUCUCCUGCUCAAAACGGGUCAACCGUUUCAAUACAACGUGCUUUUGACGGGCGCCGCUUACUCGACGAAGAUUCAGCCCAAACUCACUGCCGAAUCGUAUCCAAGCAUUUUGAGAAACCCAAACUACAAGCAAUUAGCUGCUGAUGACGUUUCGUUUUUCAAAAACGUGGUUGGUGAGACCGGUGUUUUGGAAGCUUCUGGAAGCGAGGAUCUUGCGCUUUUCAAUGAAGAUUGGAUGCGCAAGUACAAGGGCCAGUCCAAACUAGUGCUGAGACCAAAAACUACGCAGCAAGUUGCCAAGAUCCUGCGGUACUGUAACGAAAAGAAGCUGGCCGUCGUACCUCAAGGCGGAAACACCGGGCUUGUGGGCGGAUCGGUUCCUGUUUUUGACGAAAUUGUACUGAGCUUGACGCAAUUGAACAAGGUCAGAAGUUUUGAUGAAGUGAGCGGUAUCUUAAAGUGCGAUGCUGGUGUAAUACUGGAAAACGCCGACAAUUUCUUAGCCGACCAUGGGUACAUUUUUCCUUUGGACCUGGGCGCCAAAGGUUCCUGUCACGUAGGUGGGGUUGUCGCCACAAAUGCGGGUGGCCUGCGUUUGCUCCGUUACGGCUCUCUUCACGGAACCGUGCUCGGAUUAGAAGUAGUGCUUCCUAACGGGGAGGUGCUGAACACUAUGAACGCCCUUCGAAAAGACAAUACCGGGUACGAUUUGAAGCAGCUUUUCAUAGGAUCGGAAGGAACCAUCGGUGUCAUCACUGGAGUUUCUAUCUUAACCCCACCCCGGCCAAAAGCCUUCAACGUCAGCUUCUUAGGUGUCGAGAGCUACGAGGCGGUGCAAGAGGUCUUUGUCCAAGCGAAACAGGAGCUAUCCGAAAUUCUGUCUGCCUUCGAAUUUAUGGAUUCAAAAUCACAGGAACUCACAAAGUUGCAUUUGAAAGAUGUCGCUGAGCCGCUCACCGAGAAGUAUCCAUUUUAUAUUCUCAUCGAGACUUCAGGUUCAAAUAAAGAACACGACGAUGCUAAACUAGAGGCCUUUUUGGAAAAAACGAUGGAAUCCGGCUUAGUUCUCGAUGGCGUUGUGGCUCAGGACGAAACUGAGUUGCGGAAUCUGUGGCAAUGGAGAGAAAUGAUUCCCGAGUCCAGUCAAGCUGGCGGAGGCGUUUACAAAUAUGAUGUUUCUCUGCCCUUAAAGGAUCUUUAUUCACUCGUUGAGGCUGCCAAUGACAAACUUUCUGAAAAGGGUCUGAUGGACCCCGAAGAUGCUACAAAACCUGUGAUUAGCGCAGUCGGCUAUGGUCAUGUGGGAGAUGGAAACUUGCAUCUCAACGUCGCUGUUCGUGAGUACUCUAAAGACGUCGAAAAAGCUUUAGAACCCUUCGUUUACGAGUUUGUCUCCUCCAAAAACGGCUCGAUCAGCGCCGAACAUGGCCUGGGAUUUCAAAAGAAAAAUUACAUUGGGUACUCCAAGAGCGACCAAGAGAUCAAAAUGAUGAAGAAUUUGAAAGACAACUAUGACCCUCACCAUAUCCUUAACCCUUACAAAUUUUUAUAA